GGAAAUAGAUAUAAACCUUGAAAGUACUUGAUUAUUUCAGUGAAACACCUAAAAAAAAUUCUACCAGUGCUUUUUCCUUAAUUUGUGCACGUGUGCUUUUGUAUUCUGUGUCUGUCCAAACAGACUACAGCAAAUUUAAUAAAUAGUAGAGUAACAUUUAAAACAACAGUUUUAAAAUACUUGAGUCUUUAUUAAACCUCAGCAGACUAAAUAUUGAAUAGAUACUCACCAGUACUUUAAUUCACAGCAUUAUGACAACUUUUCACCGAGAUACUAAUUUACCAAUCUGGGAUUACUGAGACCUGAUAUGUAUUAAAACUAAGAAUAAUAUUUGCAUAUGUUAAGAUAUUUUUUGUUUGAGACUUUAACACAAGUCUGUGCAUUUUAUUGGUAAUCCUGGCAAUCUUCUGCUUCAGUAAAACUAACCCUGCCAAAAAGAAAAAAAAGUAAAUAAGAUUUUUAUUACAAUCCUGCUGAUUUUCCUUUAGGGAGAAAGAACAAAAUGUCUUCUACGGGUGCGAAUAUGUUUAUAUAACCUAUAUAUGCGGGGGGAAAUGCUGAUUUCUACAUAGACAUCAACACUUGGAUGCAUUAUUUUACAUGGAACUGAGUAUUUUUAAUGCUUUAAAGGCAGAUCUGAGUGUUAGAUGGAUGCAGAAGAAAAGAGGGAUCCUACAGUGCAUGCAGAAGCAUAUUAUGGUUAGUUAUUAUAGCGAGAAUAUGUGGAGUAUGUCUCUAAAACAUGAGCCAUAGCUGCGGUUUUAUAUUGUGCCAUAUGUGGAGCUUUUAACUUUUUCACCUUGUCGAGAAGGGAAUCCAGCAGCAGUACCAGGAAACAGCCCGGUAAAGGUCACGCUGAUUAUUUAUUGGCGAUCUGCCAAGAGCGGGCGCGAGCCCGCGCGUGUGUUCUUUUGCGUGCGUGAGCGUGCGUUCGUGUGUUUACUGGAAGAACCUCUGAACGGAGGGGGGCGGAGCUUUACGAACAUCGGCUUUACUCACUGGAAACAACCUCCAGUAAACCUCCUCCCCUCCCCUCCUCCCCCAACACACACACACGGGGAGUUCUCCGGCAGAUACCGCUGCCGACACAUUCCUCUGCUCGGUAAGGAAACCCACACGCUCUUUUGGAUACUUUUUUAUGGAUUUUAAUGCCUGAGUUAAUAUUUUUUCAAGCACUACUUUCGGGUAGUUUGCGUAUCUUUUCUUUUGGCGACGAGCGGCUGCGGCGCUGGGCUGAGUGUAUCCACAAGCUGUGUAUAGGUGCUCUCUACCAGCCCCUCUCUGGAUGCAUCAGACUCCUCUUCCCCGGGGCCCUGGACCCGGUGUGUGACCCCGCCAUCCUCACCCUGCUCCCCCCUCGCCUCCCCUCUCGCUCUGCUGCCGACUCUCUUCCACCUGUCCAACCCGCCGCUCCUUUUCUGGGCCCCCUGCCUCUCGAUCAGCAGGGAGAGGCAGGGGCCAUGGCAUGGCCAUGGUAACCUUUGCAGGACACAACCCCGUUGCCAUGAGCAGCGUCACCCCUCCAGAGGGCAGGGUUCAGGGGUCGAACUUUACCCCGCAUCAUUUCAAGCCCUUCAGCUCGCAUGAACACUACCAGCAGGUGAUGCGUGCACUGCAUAAGCUUCAGCAGAGUGGCUUUUACUGGGGAGCUGUCGGAGGCCGGGAAGCCAGCUCCCUGCUACGCUCUCAACCCCCUGGCACUUUCCUGGUCCGUGACUCCUCAGACCACCACCACUUCUUCACACUCUCUGUCCAGACAACUAAGGGAACCAAGAAUCUGCGAAUCCACAGUGAGGGAGGAGGCUUCUUCCUACAGCCAGACCCCCAAAAUACCCAGGAGCUCCCACAAUUUGACUGUGUGCUGAAACUCAUAGCGCACUACAUGAGGAAGGGGCAGGAUACUGAAGGGACCAAGGAAGGGGCGAGUGGGGAAAAUCCAGGAGAGACAAAAACAAAGGCACACAAUGUUUAUCUGAUCCACACCGGUGGGGAGAAAAUCCCCCUGGAGUUGCGUCGACCCCUCUCGACUUGUCUCUCCAGCCUGCAGCACAUGUGCAGGAGGACGCUGAACAAUCAGGGCCUGGGAGCGUCUGAGCGGACUGAGCAGCUCCCGGACACACUUAGAGACUACCUGGAGGAGUAUGAUGCUCCUAUAUGACUGACAGGAACUCCGAAAGGUUCCACUGCAUGGACCAAGUGCCAGGAUUACAGCACGGACCAGCUCUCGGUGAAUGCGAGAUUGUCUGUGCGGACAUAAACUGACCAGACUGAGCCUUAAGUGCUAACAUGAGGUCAGUUUUCCAGAAUCAGCUGAUCACUGAUCUACCCUGGGUCACCCGCUGACCUUCUGGGGUUGAGGAGUGUGAUUUGGGUAACCGACGAUUACCUCGUCCGUCCUGCCUUGCAAAAAAACAAAAUAAACAAAAACACUGACCACUCAAGUGAGUGGCAGAUGAAGCCCGAGGUCAAAGGUCAACGUUUCCUAUGACUGACUGAGACGCAGAGCAGUGCCUCGUAGAAGAUUAACCUGACUGGUCGAUAUUAACGAUGACAGCGAAGGCAUGAUCAAUGCACCACCGGUGAUAUCUUGGUGGGUUUAAUGUGCUUCAAAAGAAAGCUGCUGCUGUCUGCGUGACAUUUCCAACUGGACAGACAAACGGCAGUGGGUAGAGAGAGUGGAUGGAGCGGGGGGUGGGGGUUUCAGAGAAAAGGCAAAGUCCAAACGAGAGGGGCCCUGUACAGAGAACGCACAGGAUUUGUUUGUCUGAGUGUGAGCGUGAGUGUGUGUGAGUGUGUUUGUGUUGUGGUGGUGCACACAUUUCCAUUGCUGCUUCCCGCAAGUGUUGCCUCAUAGAGGGGGAGUGGGACGGUCAUGCACUCUAGCUCCACAUAUGCAAACACACACCCACACCCUCAAACACAGGUAUAGACCACAUGAAGGUUUUGUUAGCAUGGGAGUUUUGGGGGGAAUGGGGGGAGGUAAAAAAAAAAUCAUUACUAAGCAUUUUCUUCUCCUAUGUGUUCCUUGUUCCUGAUCCAUAACCAUUUGACUGCCCAGCCCCCCCUCCCCCUGCCUUUUUGUUUCAGAGAUGCAUGUAUGCUUUGACAGUGACAGAAAACAGGCCGCUCUUGCCGAGACAAAAGCUUUUUUACCGGGACAAAAGCCCUGGCAUGGGACCAAACAAAACAGCAGAAUUUAUUUUUAUCCCGACUGGCUGGAAAAAUGUCAGCGACACUGUAAAGCUCCUUGGGGGAAUGAUGAUAAUGGUGAUGAUCCCAAAGAUGCGGAGAGGGUGAGGAUUUUAAAGCAGAGGGAGGAGUGGGAUUGGGAGAAGGAAACUGAAAAGGAGGGGUAGACUUGGGGGAGAAAGGUGGGAGGAGACAUACUGGUAUACAGCUAAACAAAAACUCUGAUAAGAGGAAAUGAUAGAGCACAACAGGACGCCGCUCCUGUAAAUAUAACUGCCCCGUGUGAGGGGAAAAAAAGAUUUUAGCUGAGUCUUAUUUCUGUCUUAGAUUAUCAUCUCCGGCUCAUUUCUAUUUGUUAAAAUGCCCCAGUGUGUUUGAAUAUCUGUCUGCCUUCUCCUGUAACUUCAGAAAGGAUUUGUAUUUUUUACUUUUUUUGUCUACUUUUCCAUCAUAACCUCUGGAGGAGGAGAAGUGGACAGUUGGACUUGUCUGAAUGUUAAGGAUACACUACACUUUUCCCUCAAGUGAUUCUUAAAAAAGAAAAGAAAACAGUCUUUUGUAAACCAGAAUUCAAAACUUAGAUUUGAUCAAAAAAAGAAAAAAAAGGAAGUGCUUUUGCUGUUUGACCCGUACCUGUGAUCCAUAUUGGAGUGGCAGCCUUUUGUUUUUUUUCUGUUUGAGCUCACAUGGCCACUCGAGGUGAGGGCGGCACACUUUUUUUGGUCAAAUCUGGGUCACAUCAACACAAACUCUUUUUUUUUUUUUUUUUUUUUUUUACAUGUGUUGCACUGGUGGACCACGUGUAUGUGAAUCAUAUUGUCUUUUAUAAAGACUCUCUCGCAACAGGCUGGCCACUAGUCUGGCAAUACAAGCUGUAAUACCUGAAAUGACAAAACAUUACAGAAAUAAAUGAAAAGGAACGUUGCACAUAUUUAUAUUUCUAAAAUAUUUCAAUAAUUUAUAUUAAAAAGCACUAUUUUUACAAAAGUCAA